GCCUGUACCUUGAAUCCUUUCCCAACAUUUGAAUUGACGAAUUCUCAGAACAGGAGGCUAAAAACAGUGGAGAUUAUUGAUUUUGCACGGGAAUUAAGAGACUGAGAACAAUUCACUUCUAUUCUGUGAAAAAAGUGGAGUUUUGGAGCUAAUACGAGCAAUUUCGGGUUACGCCUAUUCUAUAUACGUGAGAAGAUUAUAUUGUGGAUCCGAUUAGUGAUUGAAAAAAACAUAAUUACUAAUUCUGAGUUGUUUCUGUUGUUUUUUUGGUAUCGGUUUACCGUAUUUAUCCUCACGUCUCUCUUUGUAUCUAAUAUCAUUUUGCCCAUAUGGAUGAAUUGCUUCAUGUGGCCUCUCAUGCAGCAACCUUCGCAACAACGUUUGCAAUCAAACGCAGUAUUUCAUUUGCCAGCAAACUUGCCAUUCAACAAGUGAGCUCAUACAUAAAGAAAGUCCCGACGGAUCACAGGGCUUCCUUGGAAAAUGAAAAGGCAAAGCUGUUGGAGAUUAUUCGUGUCGUGACACCCGCUAUCGAGCUAAUCGAAAUAAUUUCUGCUACGGGAAACCCAAGCUUCGCAAGCACUCGAGAACUUGUAGAAACGUUGCGUUCGGACAUCACACAUUUCAUUCAAACGAUCUCGGGUGCCUUUGCAAUGGAAGAAGACAAACCAACGACGGAAAAACGUACUACAGCUACCGUUUUACGUGAGAUAGAAACACUUCUUUUAUGUAUUCAGGAUGCAAUUCCUCUUCUAAAUCUUUCACUUACAACGUCUGGUGUGUCUAUAUCCUCGUCGCUCCCUCAAACAACGAGCUUUUCUAAUUUGCUAUUGGCAAAUUCAUACAUGCGAAAAUGCAAUCUCAAGUUCAACGGCGAACCAUGUCUCCUUGGGCCAAAGUUUAAUAUAAAACUUUACACCAUUUUUGAAGGACAUGCAAAUAGCAAAUACCUGUCAAAAGAUACAGUGUUGUGGAAAGAGUCUAUGCCACUUGGCCAUGCGUACAUACGCAGAGUGACUUCUUCGUCUCAGAAGUUUGAGGAGCGGAUGCUUGCGUACGAACUGUGUCUUGAUCAGUCUUUCGACGAUGGUAUGUAUCAUGAUGAUGAUGAGAAGGCAUUAAAAAUCCGUAUCCCACUGUAUAAUAUUCAGUCUUUAUUCUACAGCUUGUCCGGAAAGAUUCUGCGUCUCGACAACGUUUCUUCUCCCGUGCUACUACUAAAAUACAUUAUCCAAUCCGACUCAUCUGUGAGCCGACGCGUUUCAAAGAUACCAGACGAGGACGACGGUUCUUCAUAUGCCUCGUGGAUAGCCAUUGAAGUACUCAUGUCUGACCAACAUGCUGAUCCUGAAUUGUCUGCCUCACCCGAACCUGAAGAACAGCGCAAACCACUUAACGAUGAUGAAUUGAUGCUUCGACAACUCAUGGGCGAACCAAUCAUGACACCCGAACGACCAAAGCCAACAGCAAAAGUGACAGUGAAACGUCAGUACUCUCUUACAUUACUGGAGUAUUUAAUUCGCCUGUGUAUGCUAGAAAGUAACGCCCAGGACAACAUUUUGAAUCUUCCCGACGAACAGAUUAUUCUGUACCUGCGCGACGACAAGGGACGCGAACGCCCUCGUGACCCUAAUACGUAUACCGGUUUAGAAGAUACAGGCGAAGCGAAGACUCCGGGAUCAACAGCCUCGUCCAAGUAUUCCAGUCUCAUUGCAUCUGCUACACCUGCUGGGGCAUCUCCAUCGAAAAAAGCGCUUCCGUUGUCUGCCUUAGCAGUUCCAUCUUCUGCCGCUAGUCGGAUGCGUCAACGUCUCUAUGAAGAGGAUGAUUUUGCUAGUGGUAAUAACAGUCCACUUUUACGCAAAACCAAAGUCAGCGACACAAAAGUUCGUGGAAAGUCUUCAUAACCGUGAGUGAAGUUAACACUCAAAACUGUAUGCUUCAUGUAUGCUCUUUUUUUUUGAAACAGACUAUCCACAUUUUCCUUUUUCCAACAUUUUUAUUUGCUUAUUAAGCCAAGUUCUUUUUUGCGAUCAAACUGGUAUUCGGCGCGAUGCUAUUCUCCUUUGAAAGAUCAUCUUCUUGUGCAAUGUUUUCGAUGUCAUUUGGAUCGUGGGAUUGUGUUUUGAGUAUUUUUGAUUUCUUUCUCUCUUCGUCCAUCACAUUGGCAAUCGUGUUCUCCGAAUGAAUUUCGCGUUCCCUAAUGUCACUCAAAACAGGUUUUUCCAUUGUAGUCUGUUCCUCUUCCUUUGGUGCCUCAGUUAACUCGGCAGUUAUGGUAGGUUUCGUGGCCCCCUGUCCCAAAAGAGCACCAUGUUUCUGGUUAAACUCUGCAAGUCGAUCCUUCACGAGAACAUCAUAAGCGCCAUAAUGUAGCACCAUGUUGACAAGUUCAAGGACAAGUGGAUCCUUUUCUGCCAGGUGUGUAACCUGGGCAUAGGCAGCAUCGUCCUCCAUUCCCAACAAUUCGCCGCAGAUGCAUUUUGACUGAAGUUGACACAAUCGACGAAUUUCGCGACACGCAGGACUGUAUUUAGGAAACGGUUACAAACACAAAUCUCUUCAUUUCCAACAUUUCUUCACUUACCAUUGACCCAUGGGUCUUCCCUUUCUGCGGACCUCGAACAGCUCACUGUAUAGAUGUUUGCACUUGCUUGCUCGAUGUCCUCGGAUACAUUUCCAACUGCGAGUUCGCUAUUAGAAGCGGUUCUUGAAGCUGAUAGCUAACACAUACCACGAAUACUUGACACCAUCAAUCAAAACCAUGUCGUCAACUUGUGAUUGUUGGUAUAGGGAAUUGGUAUCGCAUUACAUUACUUGAUUUAUGAGUGUUUACCAGAGAGUUUGUUUACAAACAAACUUGUAAACAAAUAGGUUGGGAGACUGUCUACCUUCACCAACCCGAAUGAGCGCAAGAACAACAGCAAUUGUCGGAAAGCUACAUAUGAAACACUUUGGUUAUAUAUAGUACGGAUCUCUUCAAACUGAAACAUUUUUAUUCAACUUGACAUGCACUGUCUACGGGACUACAAUUGCAGGAUGCGACUAUCACAUUUUUUAACUCAAACGCACUCAUUCGUCACUACAAUCAGACUUCUUGUCUAACGAAAAACGCGUUUUUCCUGCUUCGCCCAAUACACGCGGGUCUAUAUGGUAUAGGGAUACCGGUGGGUGGGUGAACCCCCACAUUACCCACGUCUCCACAUCUCCACAUCACCACCAAUGCGGUUGGACUAGUGGCAUUGUUAUGCGAAAUUGCAGGAAAUCGCGUAAGAAUUGCGAAGUCGGCUACCCUGUCAGAUUUCGUCUUUGUAUAAGAAGAAUAUAUAUGGGGAAGAUCGUGU